UCUACGCAGAUUAUUACGCGAAGCUUAAUAAUUCUGAAAAUGAAUCGUCACCAGUAGCAGAAUUAAAUGGAGAUGAAGAAGAUGAAUUUGAAGAAAUGACAACAAACAAUGGUGAUUAUUAUGAUCAAGAAUUUAUUGGUGAUGAGUUUGAAGAAGUCAAUAUAGACAAUCAAAUUCAUGAAUUUGACGAUGAUGAAUUCGAUGUGAUUGAAUUGGACGACGAGAGAUUCAG